AUGCCCUUCUCUUCCCUUUCUUGCUUUGUCUUUGCUGUCUCAAUUCUCAUCGUCCAACUUCCUUUUGCAAGUGCCGGUUGCGCAAAUUUCAGAUACAUUUACUACGCAGUGGGUGUUCCGUUUGAAUUCUACACAAGAUUUAACCAAAAGCCGGACUUUGUUUCUUGCCCUUCAUCUUCAAACCGCUCCCGCCAAAUUCUCCCCUGGGGUUACAAUAUUACCGUCCCACCCCAACUCAACGUCUCUUCGCACCAGUCCUUCAACGAUUUCAACGCAUCUAGCGUAGAUCACGAAGAAGACACCUUAUAUAUCUUCAAUCAAGCGAGCGAUGUCUCAGAUAGCGAGAGUAUCUUCAAGUUCAUAGCCGAUUCCUUUGCCGGAGGCUUCCAGGUCAUUCAAAAAUUGCUUUCGACUAUAGUCAGCACUCUUAAUAUCUCGGUGGCUCAAUUAACGUUGAAUCUCGCGGUUGAGAUGGGAUACAACUUAACGCUCUUUUUCAAACCGUUUAUGACCUACACGUGA